CACACGGGGGUGUGUUCUGUACCGCUGUGGGUUGUGUAACACACACCGGCUCACCUGUAGCCAUAGACACACGGCUCAUUUGCACUUUAUUGCUUGGGGAAUGAGGCUGAGCGGAGAGAGAGAGAGGAGUUAGAGAAAGAAACAGGUCGUCUGUAUCAGGUCAGCUGGUUAAUUUGGUCGUCGUGUUGAAUUGUUAGUUGUGUAAAGUAAGUGCUGGGGUUUGGAUCGUAUUGGACACUCGUGAUGACGACCUGACGGAAAAAUCUACUCCGGUUACAACACAGGGGUAAAAGAGUUCAUAUUCCCAUAGCAACGUGUCAACGGGCGAUAAUGAGUCUCCUGACACAACUCAGAUUGUUACUGUGGAAGAACUUUACUCUACGGCGCAGACAGAAGGUGCGUUUGCUGGUGGAGUUGGUUUGGCCUCUGUUCCUGUUCUUCAUUCUCGUGGCGGUCAGAUCCACCAAUCAGCCCGUUUAUAAAAACCAGUGUCACUACCCCAAUAAGCCCCUCCCAUCGGCAGGUGUGUUGCCAUGGCUACAGGGCAUGUUUUGCAACAUACAGAACCCGUGUGUCAGUUUCCCCACACCUGGUGAAGCACCUGGACAGGUGAACAACUUCGACAACUCCACUGUCACAAAGGUUUUGGUUGAAGUUCAGUCGCUCCUGGCAGAUCCUGCUCUCCUCAGCAGUGUUAAACUGAUCUCUGAUGAUAUCGGCCGGUGGACGUCCGUCCUGCAGAAUGCCAAUCCAGCCGCAGGUCAGUCGAUUCCGCUUCGCAGUUUGCUGAGAACCAAUGAGACAUUUUCUGAAUAUCUGAUGAACAACCUUUCGGUGCCAAACACAACCGCCGCAAGCCUGAUGAGGGCGAGAGUUCGGCUCGGCCAGUUUCCUGCGCUGUCGGCCGAGGGAGAUCUGCGCUCUGUUCUCUGCGGCCCGUCGAUCGAUCGCAUCCUGGAGUUUAAUUCAGCCAAUGAGAAAGUGGAAUUUCAGAACAUCACGUGCUCCCUGACAGCCAAUCAGCUUCUUCAAGCCAGACGAGUGUUCACGCAGAAUCUAGACAACAUGAAGCUCCUGAAUGAACUUCCACUAGCGCUGGGUCUGAACCGGCUCGAGGUGGCCGUACUGAUGGCACAAACCAGCACUCACAUCGCUCCGCUCGUGGCCGGGAUAUCUAACUUUAGGUUUUCAGCACUGCUGAGUGCAGCAGACUCGCUGGACUUCAGGUCGGAUCCGUUCGGGAGUCUCUCUCAGCUGAUGUGUGGAACAGACUCUAACAUGACGAGCAGAGUUCUUCUAAGAUCAGCGGCGACAGAAUCAGUCCAACAAAACACAGGCGCCGCAACAGCAGACAACACCAACACGACCAGCACCAACACCAGUGAGUUCUGUAAAAACCUGACAGAGACGCUGGAGAGCACGUCCAGUCUGCGUCUGCUCUGGAAAACCUUCCAGCCGUUCCUGCAGGGAAAAGUCCUCUACGCGCCCGACACAAACGUCACACGCAGCAUCAUGACUGAGGCCAACCGCACCUUUGACGCGCUGGCUAAAGUGGGUGAACUGGCAGAGGCCUGGUUGGAGAAUGAAGACGUCAUCUGGGAUUUCUUCAACAACAGCACACAGAUCAACUCCCUGAGGGCUCUUCUGAAGAACCCUGUGCUCACAGCAGUUCUGGACCAGCAGCUGGAGGAAGGCGGUCUGUCCACAGCGUUCAUCAGCAACUUCCUGUUUAACGGUCCCGAGUCAGAGCGUCCGGCGGGUAUGCCAGCCUUCGACUGGCGUAACGUCUUCAACACCACCAGCGGCGCAGCGCAGCAGCUCACUCAGAUCCUCUCGUGUUUUGAUCUGGAUAAGUUUGAAGGCGUCAGCACUGAGGCUCUGCUGGUCGAGCAGGCUUUGAAGCUCCUGAGUCAGGGCCACUACUGGGCCGGUCUGGUCUUCACGGAUCUCAACCCCAGUGACCCGCUGACCCCUCCGCACAUUAAAUAUAAGAUCCGCAUGGACAUCGAGGAGACCGAAAGAACGGACAAGACCAAAGAGAGGUCCUGGUACCCGUCGGCCCGUGCCAACCCGUUGAAUGACCUGCGCUACGUGAGCGGAGGCUUCGUGUACCUGCAGGACAUGGUGGAUCGCGGGAUCGUCAAAGUCCAGACCGGAGUCAGUCAGCCGCUCGGCGUCUACGCGCAACAGAUGCCGUACCCGUGUUACAUGGACGACGCGUUUCUACGAUCUCUGACGCGCUCCCUGCCUCUAUAUAUGACUUUAGCGUGGAUCUUCUCGGUUGCGUUGAUAGUCAAGGGUGUGGUUCAGGAGAAGGAGGCGCGUCUGAAGGAGACUGUGAGGAUGAUGGGAUUGAAGGGCUCUACCUACUGGCUGAGCUGGACCAUCAGCAGCAUGUUGCCCCUCGCUGUCAGCGCCGCGCUCCUCACUGUCAUUCUCAAGUAUGGGAAGGUUCUGCGAUACAGCGACCCGUCUGUGAUCUUUGUCUUCCUCCUGGUCUUCUGCGUGGCCACAGUCAUGCAGUGCUUUUUCAUCAGUGUGUUUUUCUCUCGGGCGAAUCUGGCAGCCGCCUGUGGGGGCCUCAUCUACUUCCUGCUCUACCUGCCUCAUGUGCUUUGCUACGCCUGGAGGGACGUCCUGGGCUUCGGGGCCAAGAUCGCCACGAGCCUGCUGUCGUGUGUGGCGUUCGGUUACGGCUGUGAGAAUUUCUCCCGUUAUGAAGAGCAGGGCAUCGGCAUUCAGUGGAGCAACAUCCGGGUCAGUCCGCAGGAGAACGACCGCUACUCCUUCAUCGUCUCCAUCUUCAUGAUGCUGUUCGACGCGUUCAUUUACUGGAUUCUCACCUGGUACAUCGAGAACGUCUACCCGGGUCAAUAUGGCAUCCCAAAACCUUGGUAUUUUCCCUUCACGUCCUCGUAUUGGUGCGGGACUCGAGUCGGAUCUGAUGCCGAACCCGACCUGCUUCAUGAGAUGGAGAAUCAGAAGGGUUUCCUGGAAAAACCUCCACCUGGAAUGAAGCCUGGAGUUUGUAUCCGUAACCUGGUGAAGGUCUAUAAGACGGGAAAUAAACUGGCUGUGGACGGACUCAGUCUGGACUUCUAUCAGGAUCACAUCACUUCGUUUUUAGGACACAACGGAGCCGGGAAAACCACUACCAUGUCAAUACUGACGGGUCUAUUCGCUCCCACCUCUGGUACGGCUUACAUUAACGGCUACGACAUCCGCACCGACAUCGACACCAUCAGGACUCACCUGGGAAUGUGUCCACAACACAACGUCCUCUUCAACGAUCUGACGGUGGAAGAGCACAUUUAUUUCUACGCGCGUCUGAAGGGCCGCAGCUCUAAAGAGGUGAAGAAGGAGAUUGAUCAGAUGAUUAAAGACGUGGGUCUGCCUCACAAACGCAACGACCUCGCCAAGAACCUCUCAGGUGGGAUGCAGAGGAAGCUGUCGGUCGCCAUCGCGUUCGUGGGUGGAUCCAAUGUCGUGAUUCUGGACGAGCCAACGGCAGGAGUCGAUCCGUAUGCGCGCAGAGGCAUCUGGGAGCUGCUUCUCAAAUACAAAAAAGGUCGUACCAUCAUUCUGUCUACGCAUCACAUGGAUGAAGCGGAUAUUCUGGGCGACCGUAUCGCCAUCAUCUCGCACGGCCGCGUCUGCUGCUGCGGCUCCUCGCUCUUCCUCAAGAAAACGUACGGUAGAGGUUAUUACCUGACGAUCGCACGGGCCAAUCAGGAUCGAGUCGCAGGACGAGUCCCAACAAUCAGAGAGUGUGAUAAAAACAGCAUUGAUGAGGGAAUUUGCAGUGACAGCAUCAGCAGUCUGGACCCACCAGACGCGGCGGAUCUGAGUCGACUGGUGCGGCGGCACGUGCCAGAGGCAGAGUUUCUGGAGGUCGUAGGUCAGGAGCUGGUGUACGUGCUGCCAUAUGCGGGUGCUACAAACGGCAGCUUCGCGUCCCUCUUUAAAGACCUGGAUCUGGAGAAAGGCGCUCUGGGUGUCACCAGCUACGGGAUAUCAGACACAAGCCUGGAGGAGAUCUUUCUGAAAGUGGCUGAAGACACAGGUGUUGAUGUGGAAUCCCAUGAUAAGAAAAAAGCUCUCAAACAAAAGCGCAGAAGCAGCUCAAGGAUAUCAAGAAUAGAGUCUAUCAGCUCAGCACUGGAAAGCAAAGAUGCAAACGCUGUGAAAAAUGAUGCGAAGGUUAGAUUCACUAGUCGUGUGGAGGACACUCAGCGGCCCAUGUGUGAGAAUGGCAAAGGAUCGUACACCAUCACGGGAUGGUCACUGAUCAAACAGCAGUUUAUAGCUCUUUUUAUCAAACGUUUCCACCAUGCCCGCAGAAGCCGGAGGGGAAUCAUCGCUCAGGUUGUGAUGCCGGCAUUCUUUGUGUGUCUGGCUCUCAUCUUCUCUCUGAUUGUUCCUCCGUUUGUCGAAUAUCCCAGUCUGGAGCUUCAGCCCUGGAUGUAUGGAGCUCCACAGAAUACCUUCUUCAGUUUUGAUGAUCCUGGUGUAGAUCAGGUGAAGAGAGUGACGAACGCUCUGCUCAGUUCACCAGGAUUUGGGACACGCUGCAUGAGCACCAACCCUAUACCUAAACUGCCGUGUAACCCGGCGGGAGGCACUGAUUGGUUCACUCCCGCAGUGGAUCCGUCCGUCAGUGAGAUCUUUGAGAAGGGGAACUGGAGCAUGGAGAACCCAUCUCCAGACUGCCAGUGCAGCACGCCGCAGCGCAGCAUCAUACUCCCAGACUGCCCACUCGGAGCUGGCGGUUUACCGCCACCGCAGAAAACUCAGAACACCACAGACACCUUGCAGAACCUCACGGCCCGAAACAUGACCGACUUCCUGAUCAAGAGCUACCAGAAAUCAGGAAAAAUACGGUACGGCGGAGUCUCGGUGGGCGGCGUGAACUCGCAGGUCAAACUCAAUGAAUCUGACAUUACAGCACUGAUCGACGACCUCAAAUCAGUCCUCAACAUCUCACAGUUUAAUCAGACUGAGCCGAUUUUCCAGGCCAUUCAGUUGUUUCUGUUGGAGUUGGGCACCAGAGACAAUGUGAAGGUGUGGUUCUAUAAUCAGGGUUGGCAUUCGCUCGUGUCGUUCCUGAACGUGGCCAGUAACAGCAUCCUGAGAGGAAAUCUGCCAGCGGGACGUCGAGCCGAAGAGUUCGGCAUCACCACAUUCAACCACCCGCUGAACCUCACCAAAGAACAGCUCUCGUUUGCAGCGCUGGCUACGACCUCUACGGAUGUGGUGGUGUCGAUCUGCGUGAUCUUCGCCAUGUCCUUCAUCCCGGCCAGCUUCGUCCUCUUCCUCAUCCAGGAGCGCGUCAGUAAAUCCAAACACCUGCAGUUCGUGAGCGGCGUCAACCCCACCAUCUACUGGCUGGCCAACUUCGCCUGGGACAUGUGUAAUUAUAUCGUCCCGUGUAUCAUCGUCAUCAUCAUCUUCCUGUGUUUCCAACAAAAAUCAUACGUCUCUCCACCAAACCUGCCUGCUCUCAUCCUGCUGCUGGCGCUCUACGGGUGGUCCAUCACUCCGAUGAUGUAUCCCGCCUCCUUCCUGUUCAGCAUUCCCAGCACAGCGUAUGUGGUUCUGACCUGCAUCAACCUCUUCAUUGGCAUCAAUGGCAGCGUGGCUACAUUUGUCAUGGAGCUCUUCGACGACCCGAAUAUAACUCGAAUCAAUGACGUAAUCAAACAGGUUCUGCUGGUGUUUCCUCAUUUCUGUUUGGGAAGAGGCCUGAUGGACAUGGCCAAAAAUCAGGCGAUGGCCACUCUCUACCAAAACCUGGGUGAAGACCGCUUUGAAAAUCCUCUCAACUGGAACAUGGUGGGCAAGAAUCUGUUUGCCAUGACCAUUCAGGGGGCCGUCAUGUUCGGCCUGACCCUCCUCAUCCAGUACAAGUUCUUCUGCAAACCCCUGUCAGUAAAAUCACUACCGACAUCUUCAGAUGAGGAGGAUGAAGACGUGGCUCGAGAGCGUGAACGGGUGCAUCGAGGCGGAGCUCAGAAUGACCUGCUCCGAAUCUGUGACCUCACUAAGAUGUACCGUAUGAAAAAGACUCCGGCCGUGGCUAAAAUCUGUGUGGGUGUUCCUGCUGCAGAGUGUUUUGGUUUGCUGGGAAUCAAUGGUGCAGGUAAAACUACCACUUUUAAAAUGCUGACGGGAGACAUCAGUCCUACGGCCGGAGACGCCUUCGUGAACGGAUACAGCAUCCGCACUGAGAUGCAGUUGGUGCAGCAGAAUAUGGGUUACUGUCCGCAGUUUGAUGCAAUCAAUGACCUUCUGACGGGACGAGAACACCUGGAGUUCUACGCGCGACUCCGCGGGGUUCCCGAAAAAGAGGUUUCCAUGGUGGCUGAAUGGGGCAUUCAGAAGCUCGGUCUUGUCAAAUACUCUGAGAAAUCAGCAGGAACUUACAGUGGCGGCAACAAGCGCAAACUCUCCACCGCCAUGGCUCUGAUUGGCUGCCCUCCACUGAUCUUUCUCGACGAGCCCACCACCGGUAUGGACCCGAAGGCCCGGCGUUUUCUGUGGGACUGUAUCCUCAGCGUCAUUAAAGAGGGCAGAUCUGUCAUACUCACCUCACACAGUAUGGAGGAAUGUGAAGCGCUCUGCACCCGCAUGGCCAUCAUGGUGAACGGACACUUUAAAUGCCUGGGCAGCAUCCAGCACCUCAAGAGCAGGUUCGGGGACGGUUAUACGCUGAUCAUACGCGUGAGCGCCUUUCAGGCCGACCUGUGCACGGUGGAGACGUUCGUGCGCGACACGUUUCCCGGCAGCACUUUGAAAGAGAAACAUCACAACACGCUGCAGUACCAGAUCCCGCAGGGAGAGGGUGCCCUCGCGCACAUCUUCAGCCAGCUCAACAAACACCAGCAGCAGCUGCAUGUGGAGGAUUACUCUGUGUCCCAGACCACACUGGACCAGGUUUUCGUGAGUUUCGCGCGGCAGCAGCGUGAUGAAGAGGACGGAGCGUUCGACAACGACGUGGAUCUCAGUGAUGAAGUACAAACAUCAGCGACAUAAAUCAAACAUCAGUCAGCAGAAAGCAGCCACUUUACCACGAUUAUUUAUUUAUCUGACAUCCAAAUCCAAUGUAGGCCACCAAGAUUUGAAGAUUUAAAACGUCCAAAUGAAAACAGAGAGAAAACCUUCAGGAAAACUCAGGGUUGUUUUAUAGAAUAUUUUUAUCGGUGAAAUAUGUCAAAUUUGCACAGCGUAACAUUAUGUGCUCUAUAUUUUUGAUGUUUUAUUUUCAUACACAUUGUAUUUCUGCCAAAUGCAAAGAGAUUAUAUAUUUACAUUUACACUGUGUACUGUAACACAAGCUGAAAAACUAAUUCAUGCUUUAUUUUUGAGUGAUUUGGGCUUUGUUUUUGACUUUAUAUCAAAGAACAGAAAGAAAUUUUAGCUUAUUUGUCCAUGUAUUUUCUAGUUGUCACUUGUGCUUAUUGAAAGACCACAUGCAUUGAUUUUUGCUUUUGAAUCUCAGGACUAAAAUGUCAUGCACUUUAGAUCAGCGUUUCCCAACCUUUUCUGUCUUACGUACCUGUACUACAAUGUCAAUAAGGCUCAAGUACAUCCUCAUAUUUUUAUAUUUUAUACUCUAAGUCAUGUUCUCUUUUAUAGGUUUUACAAACUAAACCAAAAUCUAUUUUGUCCAUUAUUGCACAUGUGGUUGGGAUUCACUGCUUUAUGAAAACACACUCCGGUACGAGCAAAAUGAUGAUCAAUGCAAUGUGAAACAUUUUACCUCAGAGAAGAAGUUCUGUGCUCUUAAUCCUGCCGUUUAUUCUGCAUUCGUAUGCACUCCCAUGAUCCUGUGCGUCUGCCGCUCGGAUGUUUGUUCUGCUUAUUGCUUUAUGCACAGACACACAUUAAACAUUUGCUCACCCUG